UUAAAGGGGAACUCCAGUAAAAAUCACUUUUUUCUUUUUUGUUUUAUACGUACUCAGAAAAGCAUAAGAAAUCAAAAAAAACUUACUUCACUUGUUUUCCUUAUUUAAAAUCGUUGUACUAGCCUUCGCAUAUUCAAUUUUUUUCUUAUAAAAAAACAGACAGGCGCGAUUUCAUUUAGGACUGGACCCGAUUAUAAACAAUGACAUCACAUCGUGCAGAAAGUUUAAGCGAGCGCAGAGAACGUUCAUGUUAAGACCUCUGGCUUACAUUUAAAUCGCUUUUUGUAUGUAAAUUACGUUUAAAUCUUUAAAAAAUGGUUAGUUGCUCUGCGUUUGGAUGUACCAAUCGAUCAGAAAAGUGUAAAGAAGUCAGUUUUCACAGAAUCCCGUCUGUGAAAAAGAAAGAACUCAGACAAAAAUGGCUAAACAAAAUACGUCGUACAGGUGAUCUACCAAGCGAUCGAAGUUUUUAUAUUUGUUCGUCGCACUUCACAGAUAGUUCUUUUAAAAGGGAUCUCCAGGUAAUAAUCUUCCAUAUUAAAAUAUUGCCACUUCGUAAAAAUGCCAUUUUAGCUAGUCAACGCGAUCAAAGUUUCUCAUUUCUUCUUCAUUUCAUUAUUUGUACUUAUAUCCACAACACAACCAAAUAACGUUUUCUACAUAUUUAUAUUAUAAAAGAACAUUAUACCAAUUUCCAAUACAAAGUUAUCUAGUUAGACAUGUAUCUUUCGUAGCGCUCGUAAGUUUCUAUUCUUUGUUUUUCAAAAAAGAAGCUUUUUGAUGGAAGGACCUGCCGAAUAUUUUCAGGGGGUAAAUGUGCCCAUUUUAUUAGCAUCAUUUCAUCGGCGCUACUUCUAAUCUUUGUUUAUUUAGGCUGAACUUACUGGUAUCAAAAGAAAGAGACAGCUGACCGAGGAUGCUGUUCCAACAAUUUUUUCUUUUAGUAAGCCUGAAAAUUCAAGAGAAUCGACAUCAAAAAGAUUGGAAACUUUCGCUAAAAAACAAUGUGUUGCAAAGGCUUUAAGUGUGGAGGAUGAUGUUGACCUUGAAGUAUACGCUGAACAAGAAAUAAUUUCAUUGGUUAAGGAACAAGGCGUUAGUGCAAUUGUGGAAACGGUAGAGAAAUCGGUUGGUGCCAAUACUUUUACCAGGUCCGUUAGAACACAAUGUGAUCCCUUAGAGGCAAUUCAUCCUGAGAUACAACCAACGAAGGAUGUUUUAAAAGUGAAAUUUACUCUUCCGCACGGACGAUGUAAGUCUACUAACACCGACCUAUCCUUUCCUCCGCAAGCUGACGUGACAUUCUUGCUGAAUGCAAAUAUGGAAAGUGAUCAUGAUAUCGUCUCUGGUGAUGAGUGCCCUUCUGAUGAUUCUUUAUACUCACCGCAAUUACAAAUUCACAUCGACGACAGUUAUGAUGAAAAUAUCAGCGAAGAAGAGUCUUUUGACACUGCUGAAUAUAACCCAGGGCUCAAAAGCGACGCACAAUUUCUUGUUUUCUGGUCUUGUCUGUUGACAUUAUUUCAAGUUUGUUUCACGUGUUUACAAAAAACGUGCAUUACUCGUGUGGUAAAACGUGGAACUCUUAUCAUUGUUACUAGUAUUUGUCCAAAUAAACAUGUUUUCAGCUGGCAGUCUCAACCUAUCGUAAAUGGAAGAGCAGCAGGGAACUUAUUACUUUCUGCAGCCAUAUUGUAUUCCGGAAACACAUACGCCCGCAUUGCCGAAAUGAUGAGUAUUUUGAGGCUUCAGUUUAUCUCUAAGUCCACCUUCUAUGAUAUUCAAAGGUCCGUUCUUUUUCCAAAAUUAAACACUUUUUAUAAAAAAUAUCGAAAUAACAUUUAUUCUGAGUGCGCUGCGAAAGAAGGGAAUUUGAUUGGUGAUGGGCGAAGUGACUCUCCAGGUUACAGUGCAAAGUAUGGUACGUACACUCUAAUGAGCGUAGACAUCAAUAAAAUCAUCGACUUUCAAGUUGUUCAUGUUAGAACUGCAGGGAAUUCUAGUCGAAUGGAGAAGUGGGGAUUAGUAACGCUACUAAAUAAGCUGCGUGACCACAAAGUGACAGUUUCAGCAUUAACAACAGAUCGCCAUGUUCAAAUCCGCGCAUUCAUGAAGAAAGAACAUCCUGAGAUAAACCACCAGUUCGACGUUUGGCACUUUGGAAAAAGCUUGAAAAAAAGCUUGACUGCUGCUGCGAAGCGCAAAGAAUGUCUUGAGCUGAUACCUUGGAUCAAAUCCAUUAUAAAUCAUUUAUGGUGGUGCUGCGCUUCAUGCGACAAAAAUGAAAACGUUUUACGUGAAAGGUGGCUUAGCAUUCUUUAUCAUAUUCGUGGAAUCCACUCUUGGCAAGGCAAUGAAUAUUUCCAUGAAUGUGCGCACCCCACAUUAGACCAGCAACGCAAAUGGUUAAAGUUGAAUUCACCUGCAUAUGAAGCAGUGGAGACUAUUGUGCAAAAUAAAAAAACUCUUGCCGACAUGAACUAUUUGGCGCACUUUUGCCAUACGGGAAGCCUAGAGGUAUUCCAUUCUUUGCUUACCAAAUAUUGCCCGAAACGUAUUCAUUUCAGCAUGGAAGGUAUGAUCGCGCGCACGCAGCUGGCUGUCCUUGAUUUUAACUCGGGGACUAAUUGUGAACAGGCUGUUACCAAAAAAGGAGUACUCCGCUAUAAACAAGUCUUUUCACGAGUAACACAAUCCUGGGUCGUAAAAAAAAUUACCGAGAAGAAAGAAAAGGCGUAUUUAGCAGAAUUAAUGACGGCUACUUUGGAACCAAUCGACAACGAAAAAGAUAAGUUACCACAAACAGGAGAAAUUGCUGAAAGAAUAACAGAGGUUGAAAAACCCGACAAAAGCGAUGCCAUUAAAGCCAUCAGGACAAGAUUUAAAACGUGACUUUUUUAUUUUUUUAUUUUUAUUCAACUUUCUUUGAAUAAAACAUAUUUUUCA